GGGAUGAUUCGGGGAGAGCGUUUGUUGUGGCUUCGUGGUCCAGUUUCGUAGAUCGCGGCAAUUACGAUGAGUUCGCAAUUUCUGGAGAGUUUUUCCCAUUUCACCAGGAAAAAAAUGUAAAAAGGGCUUGAAAUGGGGCUGUGGCUCACUCUAUCAUGGCUGAUGUUGGGUGGACUAACCCCUCCUACCCCAAUUUGGGGCAACCCGGACGCAAAGAGGCUUUAUGACGACCUACUCUCAAAUUACAAUCGCCUCAUCCGACCCGUGGGCAACAACUCCGAUCGACUUACCGUCAAAAUGGGACUUAGACUCUCACAACUGAUCGAUGUGAACUUGAAGAAUCAAAUCAUGACCACAAACGUUUGGGUUGAACAGGAAUGGAACGACUACAAACUGAAAUGGAAUCCCGACGAUUAUGGUGGUGUUGAAACUCUUCAUGUCCCUUCGGAACACAUAUGGCUUCCAGACAUCGUCCUUUAUAAUAAUGCCGACGGAAACUACGAAGUAACGAUAAUGACCAAAGCGAUUCUUCACCACACGGGAACAGUUGUAUGGAAGCCUCCUGCCAUCUAUAAAUCAUUCUGCGAAAUUGACGUCGAGUACUUUCCCUUCGAUGAACAAACCUGUUUCAUGAAAUUCGGCUCGUGGACUUAUGACGGAUACAUGGUUGACCUGAGGCAUCUUCAGCAAGUCCAGGACUCUAAUAAGAUUGACGUCGGAAUUGACCUACAGGAUUAUUACAUAUCAGUAGAAUGGGACAUCAUGAAGGUACCAGCAGUACGAAACGAAAAGUACUACAGUUGUUGUGAAGAACCCUAUCCCGACAUAAUUUUCUAUAUCACCUUAAGAAGAAAAACCCUCUUUUACACUGUAAAUUUAAUUAUACCCUGUGUGGGGAUUUCCUUUCUCUCUAUUCUGGUAUUUUACUUACCAUCAGAUUCGGGAGAGAAAGUAUCCUUAUCCAUUUCUAUUCUGUUGUCCCUCACUGUGUUCUUUCUGCUACUGGUGGAGAUUAUUCCUCCAACUUCCAUAACAGUGCCUCUGCUAGGAAAAUACUUGCUCUUCACAAUGUUGUUGUGUACCUUGUCAGUAGUUGUCACCAUAGCUGUCCUGAAUGUAAAUUUUCGAUCGCCGGUUACACACAAGCUAGCACCAUGGGUAAAAGUUUUCUUUAUUGAAUUUUUACCGAAAUUCCUUUUCAUCGAACGUCCUCGGAAAGAAGACGAUGACAAAAGUCAAGAUAGUAUGUUGACCGACGUCAUCCAAGUUCCGAUGAUUGAUAAUUGCAAACCUUACGAAAAAACCUCGUUCGACAGUUUCGAUUUAGGUCUUCCACCCCCUAGGUUUGAAGUACCUCACAGUGGGGGCUUGGGUUCUUGUUUUGGAGAACCUCCAUUUCCAUUACCUCUUACCGGAGGUGAUGAAGAUCUGUACAGUCCUGCUAGUUGCAGGACGAAUACCUUUGAUGGUACCAGCGAUAUAAGUCCAUCGUUUGACAAGCUGGAUAGCCAUGAUAUGGAAAAAACAAUGGCCGAUUCCAGAUUCAUUGCUCAACAUGUUAGGAAUAAGGAUUCUUUUGAAAGUGUUGCAGAAGAUUGGAAAUAUGUGGCAAUGGUGCUCGACAGACUUUUCUUGUGGAUUUUUACGUUGGCUUGCAUCGUUGGAACUGGCAUAAUAAUCUUCAAUGCUCCAUCUUUGUACGAUACCACGAAACCAAUCGACGUACUUAUUUCUAAAGUGGCGAAAAAGAAAAUGGCGUUACUUAAAAUGGUUCCUGAGGAACUUUAAGACUUGCAAAAUUUUAAGCAGCUGUCUGUGUUCACUUAAAUUAAGAUAACGAUUAUUAUUAAAAUGAUGUAAAAGUCAAUGACUACAGAUAUUUCUUAUUUAUGUAUAGUUUAUUUAAAAUUAUUUCACUGUUAAAUUAAAAAUUUGUUAAUAUUUUUGCUAUUCUCUUUUAGUCUAGUUAGUAUAGGUGAUCUUCAUAAUUCCGCUAACAAAGUUUUAAGUAGUAAUAAUUUUGAAAUAUAUUUUUCUUAAAUGAUAAUCUAAGGGCCGGUUGUUCGAACGCUAAUCAAAAAUGAUCAUUAUCAAAUAUUUAAUUACUGUCACAACUGUCAAUGUGAACUUUGAUUGGGUUGCUGAAAACAUAAUUAUUGAUUACAAUUAUGAAAUUAGUUAAUCAAUGAUGUUAAUAAUUGUUAUGUUAAUUGAUUAACUAAUCUCAUAAUUAUAAUCAAUUAUGUUUUCAGCAACCCAACCAAAGUUGACAUUGACAGUUGUGACAGUAAUUAAAUAUUUGAUAAGUGAUCAUUGUUGAUUAGCUUUCGAACAACCGGCCCUAUGUAUAAUAUUACUUUUAACAUUGAUUUGAAUGGACGUAGAGAGCAAUAUUGGAUUAAUAUUUAAAAGAAAAUCUACUGAUCUUCGGUGAAUGGGUCUUCAGGAGAAAAUUAUUCAAAGUAGUCAUAAAAAAUUAAAUUUUUGAAUUUUCUAUUAAUUUCUCAAGGUUUUUUAUAAUCACUGGUAUUUAUGCGGCCUGGUUCUCUAUGCGUUCUUAAAGUCGACGAAUAGGUGAUGAGUUCCAAUGUUAAAUUCUAAUAUUUUCUCGAGGAUCUAUCUUCUUGAAUGAAUUUGGUCAAUUUGUUGAUAUUUCUUGAGUCAAUCUGGCCUGAUCUUUGCUAAUUAUGCCCACUAUAUAAAACGGUUUAUGAGGACUUCCCUUACCUGUUAUUUGAAGAUUUGCUGAUUGAAUAAGCUGUUAAUUGCAACCAACAAGACCAGCCUAAAGUAUAAAUAUCCAAAUAAGUGUAAUGAGUACUUACUCAAAAUAUUCGCAACCAACGUUUUUCGUAUUUUCUUGCCUUUUCCUCAGUUCUUAUUGUAUGCAAUAAAUAAUGAACUUAAAAACACAAGUUGGAUUUAAGGCCACCAAACAAAUUGAAGAAAGAGAAAGACAGUUUAAGAUUUAGUUUCGAUACAAAGACCACCGCCAUUCGCUUAUGCACAAUCCAUCCUCUUGGACGCGUGACCCGUCAAAAUAGCCCGGUCAAAACAGCCCCGUCAAAAAAGCCCCGUCAAAAUAGCCCGAACACAAAAGAGCCUCGACAAAAUAGCCCGCAACCAAAAUAGCCCCGACAAAAUAGAUCGCACACAAAAUAGCCCCGGUCAAAACAGCCCCGGCUAAAAUAGCCCCACCUAAAACAGCCUCUUAUAAACAAUUACAUAAUUAUUUAUACAAGGUGUCCAAAAACUUUUUUUAAUUUAAAUUAUUUGGCAAAAAGUAAGAAUUUAUUUAAUUUAUUUAAUUUAAAAUGCAUUUUACUGUUGCCCGAAAACAGAAAAAAUGUUUAUAUUAUAAAUUAACAUUGAUUUUCGCUUAACUUAAGUGUUCAAACUUCCAAGAGGCAGGAAAGACAGGACUCGAGUUCUCUGAAAAGACAAUUUUUAGUUAAUGUGGUUAAGAUAACCAUCUGAAUAGAGGAUAAUUACCAUUUCUGAAAAAAUGUAUUUUUAACGAAUUAUUUGAUGAUGAAUUCUGAAGGGAGCUUUUUUUUCGGAGCUAUUUUGUCGGGGCUAUUUUGUCGGGGCUAUUUUGUCGGAGCUAUUUUGUCGGCGGGCUAUUAUUCCGCGGCUAUUUUGUCUGCAGGCUAUUUUGUCGGAGCUAUUUUGUGUGCGGGAUAUUAUGUCGGGGCUAUUUUGUCGGAGCUUUUUUGACGGUGCUAUUUUGACGGGGUACCUCUUGGACGCCUCAGAGCACAUCACGGGUCGUUCUGAGGAGUCCAAGAGGGUAUAAUGUGCAUAAGCGAAUAGUUGUGGAUUCUGUAUUCAAACUAAAUUUUAAACUUCUUCUUUUUCUUCUACGGCACUACAGCCCAAAUUGAGCCUUGGCCUUCUUUAUUUCUUGCCUCCACCCUUGCUUGUCUGUGGCUGCUCUUCUCCAUACACGGACUCCUAAAAGGGGUUUGUGCGUCGCUGUUUACUGUGUCUUCCCAGCGCUUUCUUGGCUUUCCAACCGGUCUCCUUCCCUGCAUUCUAGCAUUCAGUGCUCUUUUUGGUAGCCUAUCCUUUUCCAUUCUUAUCACAUGUCCAGCCCAUUGCAAUAUUUGUAUUCUAAUGAAGUCUGAAAGUUGAUAAAGUUCGUUGUUGUAUCGACUUCUGAAGAUUCCGUUUUCCCUCACAGGUCCCAGUAUUCUCCUCAGUAAUUUCCUUUCGAAUGUAUCGAGUUUGUUUUUGGAUGUUUCUUUCAGGACCCAGGCUUCACUGCCAUAGCAUGUUAUUGGUCGAAUUAAAGUUUUAUAGAUUCUCAUCUUUGUAUUUCGGUGAACACUUUUAGACCGAAAUAUUUCCGUAUACUCUUCCGUAUUUAUCCAUCUUCUGAUCCGUCGGCAUUAUUUCUACUCCCAGGUAUGUAAACUUUCCAACCGUUUCAAUGUCAUCUUUAUGUAUAAUGUUUUGUGGGACUAUGUUUCUUCUCAUCUGAGUCAUUAUUUUUGUUUUUUCUGUAUUAAUUUCUAGACCUAGCAUUUUUGUUUGUGUUUUUAACUCUGCGUAUGUUUCCUGUGCUCCUGUUGAUGUUCUACUCAUAAUAUUGAUAUCAUCGGCAUAAACGGCCAGUUGACCCAUUCGGUUGGUCAGUAGGUUUCCUCGUCAGUUUGCAUUUGCCUAACCGCAUACUCCAGUGCCAGGUUAAACAAUGUUGGGACCAGCCCAUCUCGCUGCUUUAGGCCCUGCGAAAUUUUGAAAAAGUCUGUCCGGUGGUUUUGUAUUCGUACACAUGCCUGAGUUUCAUCCAUUGUGGCUUUAAUUAGUCUUAAUAGCUUGUGUGGUAGGUAUUGUCAAUUCAGCCAAUAUAUAGUAUAGUUUGUUCCUUUGACUGAGUCGUAUGCCUGUUUGAAGUCUACAAACACGUUGUGAACAUCAAUAUCGUGUUUCCAUGAUUUGCUCAAGAUCUGUUUGACUGUAAAUAUAUGAUCCAGUGUCGAUCUUCCCCGCCGGAAGCCCGUCUGAUACUCUCCAAUAAUAUUUUCUGCUAGUGGUUGGAGCCGCUGGUUUAUAAUAUACGUGAGGACUUUAUAUGCUGUACAUAGUAGAGAAAUUCCACGGUAGUUUUUGCACUGGAGUUUGUCUCCUUUUUUAUAGAUCGGGCAUGCUAUACUUUUCUUCCAGUCGUCGGGUAUUUUCUCUUCUUGCCAUAUGUCUUUGAUGAGGGCGUGGAUGUGACUUGCUAGGUGGUCGCCACCUACAUUAUACAGUUCUGCUGGUAUUUCGUCAACUCCCGAAGCUUUAUUGUUUUUCUGGGCCUUAAUAGCUUCGAGAACUUCCUCUAUAGUUGGACCUUCUACUUCAUUCUCUUCUACGUAGGUCAUACCCAUUUCAUCUUCCAUGUCUACUUGUGUUCCAAGUAGGGUCUGAAAAUAAUGUUUCCAGGUUUCUGUGACUUUCUGUUGGUCACUGAUUAUUUGCCCACUUUCAUACUCACAUGCCCACAUAGACCUGUUCGAGGUUUAUACCCACUUCUUAUCUUUUUUAGAGAUUCGUAUGCCCCUCUAAUUUCGUUGUUUUUGAAAUUUUCUUCCAUAUUUUCUAUUUGUCUAUUUUCAUAGGCUCUCUUUUUCUUUCUACAUACCUUGCCUGCUUUCAUCUUGCGACUUCAAAUAAUGUCCGUCUUUCCCGUGUUCUUCUUGUUAUGUACAUUUUGUGUGCUUCAUUUAUUUCCUCUAUUGCUUGUCAGCAUUCGUCAUCAAACCAUGUUCCUCUUCUCUCCUUUUUCUUGUUUCCCAGGGUGGACGCUGCUGAUGUCAGUACUGCUGUUUUGAUAUUACUCCAUUUGCCCUCUAUGGAGUGCAGUUCUAGCGUCCUUAACUCAUUUGCGACUUCUUGUUCGAACUUCUCUUUACAUUCUUGGAUCUUCAGUUUUUCCAGGUCCAGUUUGUUUGUUCUUAAAAUCUUAAACUGUCUUUCUUUAUCUUCGUUUAGUUACGAAUUGCGUACUAGGAACCAAAAUCGUUGGAUUUUUGCUUAGAUAAAUUAAGGUGUUGUGGAAUGCAAAUUGUAGAUUCCCCACGUCUAUUUAUUUAUCGUCCGUUCUCUUUGAAAAGCAUAUAAGGCUCGUAAUUAAACCGCGAUAGAACUUGUUUUGCAACUUAAGAAAUCUUUAGAUCUCCGGCUCUUUGGAUUUCGUUUUGUUUAAUUUGAAGAUAUUUUCCAUAAUACUGAUACUCCAUUAAAAUGUUACAUUUUUUAAACCGUACCUUGCAUUUGUUAGAGGAGUCAAUUUUAUUUCUUUAAUGUGUAGGGGGAUCAGUAGAAGCUUAAGUUUAAGUUUUUGGGGUCGCCACCCUUGUCCCCCGGCCGCCAACUUGGAAAAAGGGUGCAAAGGGGUUUCGCGCUAUAUCUCAUAAACUACCAACCCUACGGAAAAUCUAAUGAAACAUAAAAUGUAGCAAAUUAAAUUUUCUACAAUUUUGUUUUUAUUACUUUUUAUCGUCAAGUGACCAACAAAAAAGAUAUAAACAAAAAUAUGUAAAAAUUUUUUAAUAAGUUUCCUUUUGGUUAUAACUUUUUUUUCAGUUCAUUUUAAAAUAAAAUAACAUAGCAAUUUUGUAGAGGGUUUUUCAGCGAACAAUUUCCACUAUAAAGUUGUUUAACUAUAUUUAUUUAUAUAGGUUUUACAGCGCUCCAAACUUGACCAGAUUCUCGAAUGCUCAUAGGGAUACAAUAAAAAAAAUUAGGCUUACUUUUCUAUCUAUACAUAUUUCUUAUUCAUACAAUUUAUUAUGAUUUUAACAUUCCUAUGCUAUUAUUAAUCUGUUUUUGACCUUUCUCCCCACUAUAAAACUUAUAAUCCUUAGCAUAUAUAGAAAAGGCCCAAGAAGUUGUUUGCCGGUUCAGAAGAAGAAUGACGCAACCGCAAAAUGCAAAAUUUUUAAGAAGAGCAAAAAACGAAUUUUUGAUAUCAAAAUCAUAAAAUAUGAUCAAAAUUAACCAUUCACCACACCGUGGUCAGAAUCUCGAGAUACAAGCGUUUUUUGGGGUGUGCUGCUUGUCUAUGAAGUAACAUAACUUUUUUCCUAUUGUAUACUUUGACUUAAAAUUUUCCCAAAAACUUCUUCAUGAAUUGUAUUUUAUUGUUGUGUUGGUUAAAAUUAUAAACUAAAAGUUUGUCACUCAACUUUUUUAAGUAAACAUGAAACUAACGAAAUAUGAUGACAAAAUGUUUAAAAACUAACAACUUCUUUUUUAAACCAAAUUACAAAAAACUCGAAGAUGUACCACAAGGUUAUUUUUUAUUGUUAAAAAACAUAUAUAAGGACGCGUUUCGGCUUAACACAAGCCAUCAUCAGCUUAAAUACAGGACAAAAAACAACUGACUGACCUACAAUGUAAAAAUAUCCAACGUUAUAU